GCCUGUGAUCUCACUAGCGACACACGUACUCCAUAAGCAACCUUUUAUUUCCAAAAUGUCUUACUACGCUAACAACGAAUAUAUCAUCGCCACAAACAAUUCGAUGAAUGAAAACAAAUACAACAGUGAGAAGAUGAAGAACAGUGGCUUCAAAGCUCUCCUAAAGCCUUUGAUGAAGAUCAUCAAGAAAACAACAAAACGGGUUCCCGCCAAAACCUGCGACACGUGCUACGAGGACGAGCAGAACCUGAACAACGAGAGGCUGGAGCGCAAAAUUUAUGCUGAAGUAGAAGCAUGCCAAUCCGGUGCUGCAUUCCUCGUAUACAAUGAAGAUUCCACAUGCGAUAUUGUGCCAGUGACCCCUGAAAACUUCUACGUGCCAGUCCAUUUCGCGAGAACAGAAGCCGGCACUUUCUUCUGGACGACAGUUUCGAAACACGAAGCUGACUUCGCCGAAGCACACUGCUACACCGAGUGCCAAACCCCAGAGCAGCAAUAUCCAAUCAUGCAAGACCGCUGGGUUCAAGCCUAAAUCAAACAAAUGUCGACAAAAAUCAGUGUCUUCCUCGAAAGAAACCAGUGCUCGCUUCGUUGGUUUCUGCAAUCGUCUGUGAUGUUAGCUUUAAUUUAGAAUAUUCAAGGUGCCAUAUAGGGUUAAAUUAGAAUUAACUUAGCUCAACAUUCGUGAUAACUCCUCGAAAGCUUUAAUUGUAUUUCGAAUAUGUUGUGAUAUUUUUUUAAUAUUGUUGUAUUGUAUAAAUUAAUAUCGAUUAGUGUAUUGAGCUUAAUGUGAUCUUCCUUGUACGAGCUUUAAUUUUUUUAGGAUUAGUAAUUUAUUUAU